CAGACAGUCUUUUGUUUACACUUGUUGCAAUGGCGACCAUCACUGAACUAAAGUGUGCCGUGAGGGAAACUCUAGAGUCCCGCGGUGUGCUGGGCCAGCUGAAGGCUCGUAUCCGGGCUGAGGUGUUCAGCGCCCUGGAUGACCAGCGGGAACCUCGCCCGCCGCUGUCCCACGAAAACCUGCUCAUCAACGAGCUCAUCCGGGAGUACCUGGAGUUCAACAAGUACAGGUACACGGCGUCAGUACUGACAGCAGAGUCAGGCCAACCGGAAGUUCCCUUGGACAGACAGUUCCUGGCAAAUGAGCUGAAAGUCACAGAGGAUGCAAGUUCCAAGUCUGUACCUCUUCUCUAUGGCUUGGUGGGCCACUUCAUGAACAACAGUGAUAAUGGUGGAAAGGCGUUUCUGCGGGGAGCCCCUCUGCCAACUGGUACUGCUACCAGCAACACAGUACCUGGACCUGAUGCCUAAAAGUUGAUGCACUGAGUAGUGUGACAAGCGUGGACUGAAGAGACGCUUUUACACUUUAAUAGAUGACGUGAAAUGUUCCAGCAUCUUGUCAGAUUCUAAUGAUGUAAUCUUCACAGUUUUUCACUUUGUUUUCACCAGAGUGUAAUCUACAGCCAGCCCAGCAUGGACUACAUGAAUUCUGCUGAGCUGAUAAAAAUGCACAAAUCCUAUGUAUUGCUUUUUACUGUCAGUUGCCAAUAAACCUGGAUGGCCUUUUUUUUUAUUUAGCUUUUAAUAUCAGGCUUUAUGUUUAGCAUCGGUUAUGAUGGCACUGUGGUAACCUGUAUUCCUCAUUCUCUCAAAGAUUCAAGUUGGAUACUUUUUUAUUGUCUUAUAGUUGUUCAAAAAUAAAUGUUUUAUAUUUAUACACUA